GUGAAAAAAUGGCGACUCGCACUGAGUCUGUUUGCGCGUUCAGCUGAAGCUGGAGAAACUUUUCGCUCGGCGGAUGGAAAUAUCGCCCCGCGACUGGAGCACUGAGCUUUAUUGCCAGGGAGUGUUUUAUCCCGCCUGGGAGAGGAGAGGCAUCAAGACGAAAAUCUAGGCGAGUGUGUUAAGGAUGUUGGAGGGAGCGUGCCGGGAUGGCUACCUGGCUGUAGGUGAGGAGGAGCUGGAGGUCAAGCGGCUGCUGCCCAAGCACGACACGAACGGCAGUGACCUGGAGAGCAAGCUGACCGUGGGCCAGUACGUACUCUGCCGCUGGUCCGAUGGCCUGUAUUAUUUGGGCAAGAUUCAGAGGGUUAGCUCUUCAAAGCAAAGCUGUUUCGUCACGUUCGAAGACAACUCCAAGUUCUGGGUGCUUUGGAAGGACAUACAACACGCUGGCGUUCCUGGAGAAGAGCCUAAAUGCUCCGUGUGCUCCGAGAUGACUAUGAUGUCUGAGAAUAAAAUCCUUAUCUGUGGAAAAUGUGGAAUUGGCUACCACCAGCUGUGCCACAUGCCGCAAGUGGAGAGCUCAGCCGACCUCUCGCCUUGGUUCUGCAGAAAGUGCAUUUUUGCCUUAGCAGUGAGAAAAGGGGGCGCUCUAAAGAAAGGCCCUAUAGCCAAAGCACUGCAGGCCAUGAAGCAAGUGCUUACCUACAACGCAGAGGAACUGGAGUGGGACUCUCUGCACCGCACCAACCACCAGCAGUGCUACUGCUACUGCGGAGGACCUGGAGAAUGGUACCUGAAAAUGCUGCAGUGCUUCCGCUGUGAGCAGUGGUUUCACGAGGCGUGCACGCAGUGCCUGCAGGAGUCCAUGAUGUUCGGAGAUAGGUUUUACUUGUUCAUUUGUGCGGUGUGCAAUAAGGGUGUGGAGUACAUCAAGCGCCUGGCUCUGCGCUGGGUGGAUGUGGUGCAUCUGGCCCUGUACAACCUCGGAGUCCAGAGUAAGAAAAAGUACUUUGAACUGGAGGAAAUCCUCAGCUUCAUCAGCAACAACUGGGAUCAUUUCCAGCUGGGCAAGCUUGCGAACACUCCUCCUUCAGAGAGAGGCCAGCUCAUCCUCGAUGCUCUCAACAACUACAAAAGCAAGUUUCUCUGCGGAAAGGAGAUCAAGAAGAGGAAAUGUAUCUUCCGGCUGAGGACGAGAGUUCCCCCCAACCCCCCCUCCAAGCUUUUUCCUGAAAAGGCCCCAAAAAGCGAAGGGCGCAGAGGCUGCAAGAAAGGAGUGACCCGCAACAGUUGCGCUCCAGCAGAGAAGCGGAGGAAGAAGAGGUCUAAGUGGCUGCUGGAGGAUGCUAUUCCCAACAACGAGAUGACGUCCACCUGGAGCUCCAAUCACCACAUGGCUAACAUCUUCGACUUCACGCUCGACGAGCUGCAGAGCUUAAAAAGUACGAGUUCAGGACGAACGUUCAGUCUGGAUCAGGACUCAACAGAUGCAGCAAGCACUUCAGGCUCGGCCACGACCAGUGUGUCCUACGAUUUCAGAAAGAACGUGGGCAGCCGGAAGAGGAAGCUUCCUUCGUCCAACUACAGCGCCCUGGCCAGUAAGCGGGAGGCGAUGGAGAGCGAGCUGAGCCCAGUGGGUACGCCAGUGGCCGAGUCCAGAGACGUAAUGGCCGAUGCCAUUGACAGCCACACCUUUGAAAGCCUGAGCGAAGACGACACAUCCCUCUCACACCUCAAGUCUUCUAUAACGAGUUACUUCGGCGCAGCAGGGCGGCUCACGUGUGGCGAAAAGUACCAGGUCCUGGCACGCAGGGUCACGCCUGAGGGCAAGGUGCAGUACCUGGUGGAAUGGGAGGGCACCACGCCUUACUAAAUGUCACUUACCUUAGGGAAUGAGAACGGAGAUGAGGUUCAAGACGGUGUUCAAGACGAGGUUCAAGAUGAGGUUCAAAACGGGGUUCAAGACGAGGUUCAAGACGAGGUUCAAAACGGGGUUCAAGACGAGGUUCAAGACGGGGUUCAAGAUGAGGUUCUUCUCGCCCAGGCCUGGGGAGUCACACUGGUGCAGAUCAGGAUCACAAAAAAAAUAAUAAAAUGAACAGAUUAAUUAGGCAUAGAACUAAUGCCUAACUGGUCAAAUUGUCCACCAUUGUUCUGUCUUUAAGACUCUUUUUAAAGCACUGUGACCUUCCAGGGUUGGGAUCGAAGAACACUUGAGCAAACAGUUAUAGAAUGUCACAUUGCUUAUAGUAGUUUAUUUUUUCUUUCGUUAUUUCUUCUUUUUUGCGUUACACAAAUAUCUCAACAGUUGAGUUCCAGAAAUCUAGUAUUCUAGUGCAAUUGUAGUUUCA